GUCAACGUGUUUUCGUUAUGGAAAUGCUCAGCCCAGUAGGAUUCGAAGAUCCACUGACAGACAAGACACUUAUCGAUAGAACAUUUUUGCAUGGUUAUUCCUACUAUCAUGGAAUGAUACCACUGUUAUGUACUCGAGAAGCUCGAAGUCAACUGAUGAGGGAAGCACGUCUGCUACGUUCCCUUCGUCAUGAGAAUGUCGGCGAAACCUAUGGCAUCGCAUUGCACUACAGCCCUAUUAUUCUCGUUAUGGAGUACUUUUCAUUGUCUCUAAUAACCUAUCUGCAACGGAAUGCUGGGCAUGUACCUCUGAAAGAAAAGAGACGUUUCGUCUGUGAAGCAGCAGCUGGUCUAUCCUAUCUGGCUCAGUCGAACUGUAUUCAUCGCGACAUUGCGGCUCGAAACUGCAAACUCACCGAUUCCUUGCAAGUGAAAAUAUCCGGCUUAUCCUUCUGCGAAAAUCUCGACGAACCUUCCAAUAAACCAACCAUGCAAAUUGCCGUGAAAUGGCAAGCACCUGAGGUGCUCAAGGAUGGUCAAUACAGUCUCAAAUCUGAUGUGUGGUCUUUUGGUGUGUUGAUGUGGGAGGUGUACAAUGAUGGAGUUGAGCCAUAUCCUGGAAUGUCACCAAGUGCUGUUAAACAGGCCAUACUUGAAACGGAAUACAGAAUGCCUAUUCCCGAGGAUUGCCCUGAACUAUUGGCUAAGAUCAUGGCAUCGUGUUGGGACUCAUUUUCUCGAAAACGGCCAUGCAUGCAAGCCAUACAUCUGGUUAUACGCGACUGUUAA